AUAAAUAUAAAAUUUCCCAUGUCAUUGUAAUCAUUAAGCUUUAGAUAAGGAAAAAAAAAUUAAAAUAUCCAUAAAACAUUACCACUGACCCAACAGCUCCAACAGCACACACACUCUCUUUCCGACAAGCUUCCAUACACGCCUCUCAGAACUGAGAAUCUACUGGUUUUUUUAUUUGUAAGAGAUUUUAUUCUUUUGUAUUCCUCUUUUUUUUUUUUUUGGUAUUAUAUAGAAUACAGUGCUUCUUGUUAGAAACUACCAAAAAGGAAGAAAAAAAAGCUCAGUUCUUUACAAAGAAAACCCCAAAAAAAGGACCUCGAUUUUGGAACUGGGUUUGUGUUUUUUUUUUUAAAGUUUGUUUGACUUUAAAGUCACAUAGACAUUAGAGCCGGAGCCCCAAGGUUUCAUUUGACUAUGGAUUCCCCACAAUCAGUUGUGUCGCCAUUGAAGAACACGGUUAUAGCUGAAUCUGGUGAGAAACAAAAAUCCAACACAAAAGAAGCUGUUUUGUCCAAGAAAGACGACAACAUCCUAGGUGUUCUUGAAGUUUAUGUUCAUCAAGCAAGGGACAUUAAUAAUAUCUGCAUUUAUCACAAACAAGAUGUGUAUGCUAAGCUUUGUCUCACCACUGAUCCUCAAACCACUGUUUCCACCAAGAUCAUCAAUGGUGGUGGAAGGAAUCCGGUGUUCAACGACAACCUCCGUCUCGAUGUUGGGAACAUCGAUUCGUGUCUUAAAAUCGAGAUAUUCAUGAUGAGUAGAGUGAAGAAUUAUCUUGAAGAUCAGUUAUUGGGGUUUGCAUUGGUACCAUUGUCUGAAGUAAUACUAAAGAAUGGGAAAUUGGAGAAAGAGUUCUCUCUUUCUUCGACCGAUUUGUUUCAUUCGCCGGCUGGUUUCGUUCAAUUGUCGCUCGAGUAUAUCGGAUCAUCUCCCGAUGUAAUGACUAUCCCUAAUGUUGUUGUUGAUGAAACCGUUAAGGAUUCGGAAACGAACGAGCUCGAAAAGAUCGAGUUCCCGGAUCCGAAAAUCGUUAACGAGAACCAAAUGAUGGUGUCGGAGUACUUUGGGAUCUCGUGUUCGAAUUUGGAUUCCGAGAAUUCGGAAAUGGGUGUCAAUGUAUUGGAUUCAAUCCAAGUCCCUAAGCUUGAUUCUCCCCCAAGUAGUGUUUCCACCAAUGGGGUUUCCCUUUCGAGCUCCGAGUCUUCCGAUGGCGCUUCGAAAGAGAAAACCGUCGAUGUGGGUGACGGUGACAGCAAUUUAUCCGGGGCGAAACCGGUUGUUUCCGUCAAUAUAGAGCCUGAAAUGAAGGUUGUACAACAAGACAUAGUGGAUAUGUACAUGAAAAGCAUGCAACAAUUUACCGAGUCUUUAGCUAAGAUGAAAUUGCCUUUGGACAUCGAUAGCGGACCGACCAAAUCGGAGAAUUCGAAUUCGAGUACUACAACCGAUCAGAAAACACCGGCAUCGAAAAAUUCCGGUAAUCGAGUGUUUUAUGGAAGUAGGGCUUUCUUUUAAACCUUAUAUCUUCAUCUUUUGAGAAAAGGAAGACACAUAGGUGACUUUAGAUUUUUAGGAUGGUGACUUGUAAUGUGUUGUUUUCCUUUAUGGCAAAAAAUCAUGACAUUAUGACUCACUGUUACUACCUUUGUUUCACUGCAACUGCUCUUAGUUUAUAUAUAAAUAUAUAUAUAUAUGAACCUUUCCUUUUUAUAA